CACACACGCAAGCACACUCACCCCCCACACACACGCACACACAUACAUCAAGGGAAUGCCAUAUGUCCCAAGUGAGACCUACUUGAAAAAAAAAAGUGCUGAACAUAUCACUCAGGAUCACUGUGAGAGGACAGUCGUCAGUUUUCUCUCUGGCAAUGAGAAUUUUCUCACCCUCAAGACAUGCAAAUGACUUUUCUCAUCUGUUCUUUUUAUGUUAUUUGCAUAAUUUUCUCCUGCGAAAGUGAGAGCUGUCAAAAAUUAACCAUUUGGGGCUUUGGGAUCCAGUUAUGUGACCUUUUCCAGAGAAUCGGAUUUCUUGAGGGAAGUAGGAACUGGAUGUGGACGUGCUGAGGUGGUGGUCAGUGGCUGAAAGGGCGGAUGAUGGAUGGGGGCCAGCAGACAGCGAGGAGCUGCACAUAACAGGGAAAAGGAGCACAGGAUGCAGCUCCUUGGAGGGUGCUGACUGAAAACUUCGCUCUCCCCACCCCAUUCACGGUUGAUUUGACGGAUUUCUCACCUCGUUCACAGAGAAAAUUUCAAUUAAGGUCCCUUUUAGAUGGAAUAUAAUACAGCAGAAGCCUUUUCAUCAAAAGGAUUAAUGCCUGCAUUAUCAUUUCUGCAAUAAAAUAAGAAGUUAAGCAGUAGAGGCCACAGACCCCUCAACCCUGGAUUCCACAAUUCUACGUUAAGUGUUGGAGUUUUUAAUUACUCUGCUGUAGGAAAGCCUUUGCCAAUGCUUACAAGGAACUGUUUAUCCCUGCUUCUCUGGGUUCUGUUUGAUGGAGGUCUCCUAACACCACUACAGCCACAGCCACAGCAGACUUUAGCCACGGAGCCAAGAGAAAAUGUCAUCCAUCUGCCAGGACAACGGUCACAUUUCCAACGAGUUAAACGUGGCUGGGUAUGGAAUCAAUUUUUUGUGCUGGAAGAAUACAUGGGCUCCGAGCCUCAGUAUGUGGGAAAGCUGCAUUCCGACUUAGACAAGGGAGAGGGCACUGUUAAAUACACCCUCUCAGGAGAUGGCGCUGGCACCGUUUUUACCAUUGAUGAAACCACAGGGGACAUACAUGCCAUAAGGAGCCUAGAUAGAGAAGAAAAACCUUUCUACACUCUUCGUGCUCAGGCUGUGGAUAUAGAAACCAGAAAGCCCCUGGAGCCUGAAUCAGAAUUCAUCAUCAAAGUACAGGAUAUUAAUGAUAAUGAGCCAAAGUUUUUGGAUGGACCUUAUGUUGCUACUGUUCCAGAAAUGUCUCCUGUAGGCGCAUAUGUACUCCAGGUCAAAGCCACAGAUGCAGAUGACCCGACCUAUGGAAACAGUGCCAGAGUCGUUUACAGCAUUCUUCAGGGACAACCUUAUUUCUCCAUUGAUCCCAAGACAGGUGUUAUUAGAACAGCUUUGCCAAACAUGGACAGAGAAGUCAAAGAACAAUACCAAGUACUCAUCCAAGCCAAGGAUAUGGGAGGCCAGCUUGGAGGAUUAGCCGGAACAACGAUAGUCAACAUCACCCUCACUGAUGUCAAUGACAAUCCACCUCGAUUCCCCAAAAGCAUCUUCCAUCUGAAAGUUCCUGAGUCUUCUCCUAUUGGCUCAGCUAUUGGAAGAAUAAGAGCUGUGGAUCCUGAUUUUGGACAAAAUGCAGAAAUUGAAUACAAUAUUGUUCCAGGAGACGGGGGAAACUUGUUUGACAUCGUUACCGAUGAGGAAACACAAGAAGGAGUCAUCAAAUUGAAAAAGCCUUUAGAUUUUGAAACAAAGAAGGCAUACACUUUCAAAGUUGAGGCUUCCAACCUUCACCUUGACCACCGGUUUCAUUCGGCGGGGCCUUUUAAAGACACAGCUACGGUGAAGAUCAGCGUGCUGGACGUCGAUGAGCCGCCGGUUUUCAGCAAGCCGCUCUACACCAUGGAGGUGUACGAAGACACUCCGGUAGGGACGAUCAUUGGAGCUGUCACUGCUCAGGACCUGGAUGUAGGCAGCAGUGCUGUUAGGUACUUCAUAGAUUGGAAGAGUGAUGGGGACAGCUACUUCACAAUAGAUGGAAAUGAAGGAACCAUCGCCACUAAUGAAUUACUAGACAGAGAAAACACUGCGCAGUAUAAUUUCUCCAUAAUUGCGAGUAAAGUUAGUAACCCUUUAUUAACCAGCAAAGUCAAUAUACUGAUUAAUGUCUUAGACGUCAAUGAAUUUCCUCCAGAAAUAUCUGUGCCAUAUGAGACAGCUGUGUGUGAAAAUGCCAAACCAGGACAGAUAAUUCAGAUAGUCAGUGCUGCAGACCGAGAUCUUUCACCUACUGGACAGCACUUCUCCUUUAGAUUAGCACCUGAGGCUACCAUCAAGCCAAAUUUUACAGUUCGUGACUUUAGAAACAAUACAGCUGGAAUUGAAGCUCGAAGAAAUGGAUACAGUCGCAGGCAGCAAGAGUUGUAUUUCCUCCCUGUUAUAAUAGAAGACAGCAGCUACCCUGUCCAGAGCAGCACAAACACAAUGACUAUUCGAGUUUGUAGAUGUGACUCUGAUGGUACCAUCCUGUCUUGUAAUGUGGAAGCAAUUUUUCUACCUGUAGGACUUAGCACUGGGGCGUUGAUUGCAAUUCUACUAUGCAUUAUUAUACUCUUAGCCAUAGUUGUACUGUAUGUAGCACUGCGAAGGCAGAAGAAGAAAGACACCCUGAUGACCUCUAAGGAAGACAUCAGAGACAACGUCAUCCAUUAUGAUGAUGAAGGAGGUGGGGAGGAGGAUACCCAGGCAUUCGACAUCGGGGCUCUGAGAAACCCAAAAGUGAUUGAGGAAAACAAAAUUCGCAGGGAUAUAAAACCAGACUCUCUCUGUUUACCUCGUCAGAGACCACCAGUGGAAGAUAACACAGACAUAAGGGAUUUCAUUCAUCAAAGGCUGCAGGAAAAUGACAUGGACCCAACUGCCCCACCAUACGAUUCACUGGCCACAUACGCCUACGAAGGGAGUGGGUCCGUGGCAGAGUCCCUCAGCUCUAUAGACUCUCUCACCACAGAAGCCGACCAGGACUACGAUUACCUGACAGACUGGGGACCCCGCUUUAAAGUCUUGGCAGACAUGUUUGGCGAAGAAGAGAGUUAUAACUCUGAUAAAGUCACUUAGGGGAGUCGUGAAGGCUGAAAUACAGCCGAGAGGGGAAAUUUUUAAAAAAGAAAAAGAAACACAUAUUAAUAGAAAACACACACACACACACACACACACACACACACACACACACACACAAACACAGACUUUCUAGGACAAGGUUCCUUUGAUUAUCCGGUUUCUAGCAAGUUGCUAUAUUAAUCAUAUUGUCAGUUCUGGUUUAUUCUUCCAACACGAGAUACAUCCUAUAAUGUGCACUUGCUUUGUUUUCUUGUUUUGUUUUUUUCACAAUCACACUGAGACAAGCUCAGGCCUAUUCAAUACAAUUUACUGACAUGACAACCUAGAACGAAGAUAGCUAUGUGGCAUCACGGUGGAAGAGUGUUAGAUUUUUCUUAAUUCCACUAAAGUGCCUAUUGAAACUCUUAUCAUUUAAAGUGGUGUACAGUACACUCUGCUGUGAUGGCAUUGCAGGAUUCAGAGAUAAAGAGGACAUAAAACAAAGAUACUGUCUUUAUGUCAAGAAGCAAUAGCGACACUCUGACUCUCCUCAUUCUUUUGAGAACAAAUGAAGAACACUUUCUAAUCUCCACCUUCUUAUAAUUCAAAAGGUUUUCUUUUUCUUUUUUAAACUGUAUGGCAAAACAUAUUUGUUUUUCCGACCCUUUCAGAAAAUAUGAAAAUAUCAAGGUCAAUAUAUAAGUCCUGUAUUCUAGAAACGAUGUUUGAUCUUAACAUUAGUUCACAUUAAAGCUGUUCAUUAAAAUGUUACUUUCUUUUCCAAAAAAAUUAAAUAAAAAAAAGAAAAGAAAAAUAUAUUCCUCUUUCUAAAGAGAGGCCUCAGGGCUCAAAUUACACAUUAAAAUAAAUAUUGGUUUGUUUAAUAUUG